CGAGUAUAGCUUAAAGCUAAAAUCGUGUCGCGUUGUUGAGACACGCGUCGUGUUUUUGCUGCCUUCCUCUUCACCAGCGUCCGUCCGGAUGGAAAGACGAAAUGAGUUAGAAAAUGAAUUGCGAUGCUUACAGUCGAUCAAUGAUGCCGUAACGAAGAUACACUCGGGCAUCGAAAACUCGGCUAAGAAAUUGCAGUCUUUUCAAAGCACGGUCGAGGACGCAAAUAAACUUGUCGACCUUUGGUCGUCCAUCCUCAGUCAAACUGAACACACACAACGCCUACUCUUAAAUAAUACAUGGAAAGGUCCCAUUGCUGAUGUAGAGGAACGACAACGCGUUGAAGAGGAGCGACAACGUCAAGAACGAUACGCGGCUGAACAAUUACGGCUACAACAGGAGCGUGAAGAAGCUGAACGAAGAAAAAAAGAAGAAGAGGAGCAAAGAAAACGAGAUUUGGAGAAGAAACGCGAAAAAAUGGCAUUAAAUGCCUCUUCCAGAGCUCGUUCCUCCAUGGCCGUUCGUUCUUCUUCUUCUUCCGCUGCACGUCAAAGCAUAUAUGCACGACGACCCACUACGUCCGCUUCAGGCCGGACAUCUCGGUUUUCUCGACCGACAGGCGCUGCUCCUGGCACUCGUGCCGUCUCCGGUUCUGCUGUCGGCAAUCCUGCUGCUGGUUCUCACCCAACACAUUCUCUAACUAAUUCUUCCAUGGCAACUCGUGGACGUCGCUCAAUGGCUUCCACAAACACAGCAGCUCGAUCACGUCCUUCUUCAAUCUCUAGACCUCGCAGCUCGUUCAUUCCUCAGCCCGCUUCCUCUUCCCUUACCCAUCAUCCAUCCACAAACACCGCAGGUCGCAUAAAUCGCAAGAAGCCUUCCUAA